AUGAAACUUGAACUUCACAGAGAGCUCUAUUCUGGUGGCGAGCCGCCGAAAACAGAAGAAGAGGCAUGGACAAAAGCAAAGGAAAUAAGCAAAAACACAUUGCCAUCGGAACUCACAGAACUACGUACCUCUACUUACAAUCACUUUGAGUUCUUCAAAUAGAGUAGAUUUGAGUUCUUAUACAUAGUUCUUGCAGUAGAUGAGUUCUUCCUGUACGAUGUAGAGCAACUCCCGUCUUCGCAUGAAGAUUCGUCUAACUCCUAACUUCAUUCUCAAAGAUUCGACCAUCAGCAUUAACCCUUUCUUUAGCUACAGAACGUACCUCUACUCACAAAAUUUAAGCAAAAACGCAUUGCCAUCGGAACUUACAGUACGUGGUACCUCUAUCCACUUCGCGUACCUAGUGCAACUUAGUUGCAGUACUCAUAAUGAGAAUUGCAUCGAUCUGCUUCACGUAGUACCUACAACUUCCUAGUAGGACUUGGAUAUUGUCUCAAAAUCAAACACGUAAAAUAAUCGCAGGAGAAGUCGUAGACGCUCCGAGUGCAUUGAAGGAAGAUCAUCACGGGAUAGUACAGCAACGACCUAGUGACGAGUCCGGGACAGCCAGUCGUGCAAAGCAGGAGGUACAACAACAACCAACUACGAGCGCUGGCGCCUCCUCUCCCAGUUCUGGAUCUGCGCCGGCGGUACCAGAACAACAACCAGAUACGAGCUCUAGUAAUUCUGCGCCGGCGGUACCAGAACGACAACCAAGUACUAGCCCUAGUGCCUCCGCGUCCAGUCCCAGUUCUGCUCCGCUACAAAAAG